CCGAUAUCAUUCACUCCACAAAGGAGAGGGUUAUUUCUUCUGUCCUUGACGGGGACAUUGGGACAAAAAGCAGGAUCCUGGAGAUAAUUGGUUUAACAUCCCCCUGACGAGCAAGUUUGAUUUAAAUAGUAACGAGGCAGGCACAAUCGACUGGCUUCUAGCGACACAGCACAGAGCCUGCCCUACUUCCGCAGGAGCUGGACUGAACGCCGGAGGGAAACGGAAACCCCAUCGCUGCUGAGCAAGGUCUGACUCACAGGACGAUGGACACAGCCAGUAGAUUGGAGAGAUACGUCCAUGCUGGGAGAGACAGCCUCCCUCAUGGUGUGAACAGGGCAGUGAGCUCUGGGGAUGGUGCUAUGGAUGAUGGGACCACUGCCCCUGCGGACUCCACUGCUAAGCCCAGGGAGAUCACCUCCCAUGGGGACCCCACAGCCCCUGGGGAUGGUACAAUCAUACCUGGAGAUGCAGACGCUGCCAUGCUCCAACCUGAAGACAAUGAUGCUUCCAGCGCCGCUGUAGACACUGCCACCAUCACCAUUACCCCUGGAGACGAUGACAGCGCCAGCACCGACGGACGCAUCAGCUCCAUCCCUGGAGAUGAUGACUCUGCCCCUGGAGAUGGAGACAUCAGCCCUGUCCUCGGAGACGGAGAUGCCACCAUCGCCCCUGAAGAUGAUGACAGCUCCAGCACCAAUGGAAGCAUCAGUCCCAUCCCUGGAGAUGAUGGUGCUGCCCCCAACAAUGGAGACACAGCCAUCACCCCCGGAGACACAGCCAUCGCCUCUGGAGAUGCCACCAUUGUUACUGAAGACUCCACCAUCACCCUUGGAGAUGCCACCAUCGCCCCCAGAGAUGCCACUGUCGCCCCUGGAGACACAGCCAUUGCUCCUGGUGGUAAUGAUGUCACCGUCCCCGGAGAUGCCAGCCCCGGCCCCAGAGACGCUGCCUCUGUAGAUGUCACCACUGCUCUGAGGGAAACCACCGCUGGAGACCUCACCAGCACUGCAGCUCCUGGAGACAUCAUCACCUCUCCCUCUGGGGCCACCCCUACGCCUGGAGAGAUGGUUAUCUCUAGAGACACCAUCCCGGCUGAGCUGACCACUCCCAGCCAGCCCAGCCCUCUGGGGCAGCCUGGCACGCCUAGGGACAGUGGCAUCCCCAGGGAGACCACCACCUCUGCUGUGGCCAUCGGCCCUGCAGCCAGCGUGACCCACAGUUGGAUCACUCCCUUUGGGGGCACAGAGACCCCAGGCCAGGGCACCACCCCAGCAGCCGAGGGCACUCAAGGGAGCCUCGCUGUUCCCAGAGAGACCACCACAGCCCCUGGAGACGCCACCAGCACCAGAGACACCACAGCUGUCACCAUUAUCUCAAGAGACACCGUUGCUUCCGCCGCCCUUGGAGACAACACCACCGUUCCUGGAGGAGACGCCGACAUCGUUGCCUGCCCUGGAGAUGCCGCCAAUGCCCCCCAAGACUCCAACACCUCCCUUGCCACCCCUGGGGACACCACCGCCUCUGGAGAAGCUGGUGCUGCUGCCUCUGGAGACGCCAGCACCACUGAAGCUGGAGACAACACAACCACUGCCAUCCUCGGAGACACCACAGCCCCUGGAGAUGCCACUGCCCCUAGAGACACCAUCAUCCCUGAAGACAGCAUAGUCCCUAGAGAUGUCACGAUCAACACUACAAACCCUGGAGAUGCUACUGUCCCUAGAGACCCCAUCCCCACCACCAGCACUGCCCCUGGAGAUGCUACAGUCUCUGGAGAUACCAUCACAACCAUCACUGCCACCCCUGGAGAUGCUGAAGUCCCUGAAGACUUCAAAGUCCCUGGAGAAACCACCACCACCACCUGUGGAGACACCAUAAACCCUGGAGAUACCACCACCACUGCUGCUGCCCCCAGAGAUACCACAGUCUCUGGAGACACCACACACCCUGGGGACACCACCACUGCUACUCCUGGAGAUGCUGCAGUACUUGGAGAUACCACCACCACCAUAGCCACCCCUGGAGAUGCUGCAGUCCCUAGAGAUGCCACCACCAUCACUGCCACUGCUGAAGAUGCGGCAGUCUCUGGAGACUCCACCAUCACCACCAACACUGCUCCUGGAGACACCAUCACCGCUGCCCCUGAAGAUAUCAUCACCAUCACCAUAACCGCUGCCCCUGGAGAUGCUGCAGACCCUGAAGACACCAUCACCACUGUCACCCCUGGAGAUGCGACAGUCCCUGGAGACACCACCGCCACCCCUGGAGAUGCAACUGCCCCUGGAGAUGCCACCACCAUCACCGCCACUUCUGAAGAUGCAGCAGUCUCUGGAGACCCCAUCAUCACCACCAACACUGCCCCAGGAGACACCAUCACCACUGCCUCUGGAGACACUGCAGUCCCUGGAGACACCACCACCACUGCUGCCCUUGGAGAUGUGGCAGUCCCUAGAGAUGCCACCACCAUCACCACCGCUUCUGAAGAUGUGGCAGUCUCUGGAGACUCCAUUAUCACCGCCAACACUGCCCCUAGAGACAUCAUCACCAUCACCGCUGCCCCUGGAGACGCUGCAGUCCCUGGAGACACCACCACUGUCAGCCCUGGAGACAACGACAUCCCUGGAGACACCACCACCUCCUCCCCAGGAAACGCCACCACCAUCACCACCACUGCUGAAUAUGCGGCAGUCUUUGGAGACCCCAACACCACUGCCAACACUGCCCUUGGAGACACCACCACUGCUGCCCCUGGAGAUGCUGCAGUCCCUAGAGACACCACCACCACACCUGGAGAUACCACAGUCCCUGGAGACACCACCACCACCAUUGCCCCUGGAGAUGCUGCAAUCUAUGAAGACACCACCACCACCCCUGGAGACACUGAAAUCCUUGGAGACACCACCACUGCCCCUGGAGAUGCUGAAAUCCCUGGAGACACCAUCACCACCACUGCCCCUGGAGAAGCUGUAAUCCCUGAAGACACCACCACUGCUGCUGCCCCCGGAGAAGCUGCAAUCCUUGGAGACACCACCACCGCUGCUGCUCCUGGAGAAGCUGCAAUCCCUGGAGACACCACCACCGCCCCUGCCCCCGGAGAUGCUGCAAUCUCUGGAGACACCACCACCGCCGCUGCCCCCGGAGACGCUGCAAUCCCUGGAGUCACCACAACCGCCGCUGCCCCCGGAGACGCUGCAAUCCCUGGAGUCACCACAACCGCCGCUGCCCCCGGAAACGCUGCAAUCCCUGGAGUCACCACAACCGCCGUUGCCCCCAGAGACGCUGCAAUCCCUGAAGACACCACCACCGCCCCUGGAGACACUGCAAUCUCUGGAGACACCACCGCUGCCGCUGGCCCCGGAGAUGCUGCAGUCCCUGGAGACACCACCACCACUGCCCCUGGAGAUGCUGCAAUCCCUGGAGACACCACCACCACUGCCCCUGGAGAAGCCACCUCCAUCACCGCCACCGUUGGAGAUGCAGCAGUCCCCGGAGACACCACCACCACCACUGCCACCCCUCGAGACAGCACAGGCUCUGGAGAUGCUGCCACCACUGCUGCUUCCAGAGACCCUGUGAUUCCUAGAGUUUUCACCACCACCACUGACCAUGGAGACAUCACCACCACUACCAUAUCUGGAGACACUGAUGCCCCUGGAUAUGACAAUGACUCUGCUGACACACUUGAAGACAUCACCUUCACCACCGCCCCUGUAGAUACCACAGUUCCUAGAGUCAUCGGCACCACUGCUUCCCAUGGAGACACCCCCAUGGAUCCCGGAGACACCACCACUGCCAUGCCUGGAGAUGCUACAGUCCCUGGAGACACCACCACCACCAUGCCCGGAGACCCUACAGUCCCUGGAGAGACCACCAGUGCCUCCCCUGUAGAUAGCACAGUCCCUGAAGACAUCAGCACCACUGCUGCCCAUGGAGACACCCCCACAGUCCCUGGAGACACCAACACCGAUGGCCCUGGAGGCGCCACCGUCCCUGGAGAUGCAGCUGCCACCACAGAUGAUGCUGGAGAUGCAACCGUCCCUGGAGCUUUCCCAGUCCCUGGAGACAUUCUUGCCACCACAGAUGGCACCAGAGAUGGCACUGAUACUCCUGGAGACACGGCUACUGCUGCCCUUGGCGAUGAUGGGGAUGAUGCCCAGGGAAGCGACACCACGGCCACCACCCCUGGAGAUGACCAUGAUGCCCCAAGAGACACCAGGGCCCCUGGAGAGUCCACCACCCCCACACCCCGGACCCCCUGGCCAUACCGGUCCAUGGGGCUCAUCAGCUUGCUCUGUCUCUUCGUCAUCGUGGGCCUGCUCACCGGGAUUGUCACGGUUGUCUGCUAUGUGAAGGUCAUUACUAUCAGUUCUGCCACCUUAACGGAGUCAGUGGCGAGCUCAUUCCCUUGAGGUCCUUCUCUGGGGUGGGUACCCUCAGAUCCCCAAUAUGCCACCUUGGGACGGGGACUUGGGGUGAGUUGCCUACAUGGGCUGCAAUGGAAUAUAAGGAAGACACUCAUCUAGCCGCUCCCUCUUUAAUAGCAUAGGUAAUCAGUUUCCAGAGCGCACUGUCCUAGGGAACACCGCAGCACCGCGCUGUGUCAGGAACUGGAUGAAGGAGACUGGAAAGUAUAUGGGACUGGUUCUUCUAAUUGCAAAUGCCACCUCUGGUCCAUACAGAAUCAGAGCCAUGGUCUAUUUAAUCUGGAGUCCCAUCAUCUCCCCUUGCCAGUUUAGAUUAAUGGCCCAACUAAUGCCACCUCUGGCACAUAUGGAAGCAGACCGAUGGGUCCAUCCUUCACUGGAUCGGAACAAUGGGCCCCCUCUAGCCCAAUACUGCGUCCUGCCUCUGCCAGAGCAGACUAUCAGUGCAGCUACUCGGAUACCUGAUGUGCAGCAUUGCUUUGCGGCUGUUAAGUGGCUUCCACAAAUCCACCCCAGAGGUGGCUGCAGUUAAGCGCCGGGCGAGCGAGCCCCAUGCCGCAUCGCUGUGUGAGUGUUAUACACCUGUCCCACCCCAGAAGCAGCCGCAAUUCAGCAGUAGGUGUGUGGGCUUAAUAGCAGCUUGUCAAACUUUUGAGCUGAACCCCUCAUUGUAAAUAAUCAAUAAUAAGUUCUUUCCUUACCAGUUCCCCUAGGGAACUCCGGUUCUGUUAGCUGGCUGCUUCUUGCAUAAUACA